AGCACCACCAGCAACAACAGCAACUCCAACCAGGGUCAGGUGGUGAUGGUGAUGGUGAUGGUGAUGGUGAUGGUGAUGGUGAUGAUGAUGGAAGAACAGAUCAGGCACACCUGUCCACAAGUACAACUUGUGUAGUUCCGAAAACAAGUCCACAGGUCCUGGGAACAUCAGCCCUGACACCACCGUCAACAUCGUCUCUUCUGCCCCAAAUACCAGGAUCACUUGUAUCACAGAAACAGUCCUCGGGGCUGCCUGAAGUACCAAUGACUGGGGACUCUACUGGAGUCACGCAGUACAACCUUAUACAAGUACGGCAGGACUUUGGUGAUGUGACAGUGAAGGGGGGCAAGAAUCUGAACAUUGGCGGAACUCAGAAUGUCGGUACAACUCCGACCAACAAAGAAGAAGAAGAGAAACCACUGACUGCAGCACAGAAGAUCAGGAAGAGGACGGCAUCCAGAAUACAGUCAUGGACAAAAGACACAGUGGAGACAGACGCCCUCAAGAAAGUGAAAGAGAAGCUGGACAGAGGAGCGACAUGGGUGACAAUUAAAGGAAGACCAGGAGAGGGGAAGUCCACAACAGCCUACAUGGCUCUCAAAAACCUAGAUAGUCAGGGGAGACAAGUAUACCAAGUGGAGUCGCCAGACGAAUACAGCGAGGUCAUAAUGGCCUGCAAGAACCCUGUAAUUAUGUUAGAUGACAUAUUCGGUGAUCUGGAAUUCGAUGCAGCUGAGUGGGCAAAGUGGAGACCACGUUUACGACCUAUGGUGGAUGUUAAACAUCCUGACACAUAUGCAGAAAAAGAUGUUUUGGGCAUUUCUACCAAAAGUGAGAAGGUUUCAGAGAUGAAAAAAGUUGAUCAAACAGUGGUUAAACGAGAAACUAUCAUUAUCCUCGUAGGUCGUGACUAUGUGCUGAAAUCCUCAUUGGCAGACUUUCGGAAGGAUGGCAGAUUACAUUUCCAGUCCCCAAUAUGUGGUGGAAGUUUCCUCACAGAGAGCCUCUUAUGA